GCCUCGGUCGGUUCUCGCGAGAUCCGGGCCGCUGAGCGCUCGGGGCCUUUUCAAAUCGGGAUCCGUUACCGCUCCGCUGGCCGCCGCCAUUGUCGCGCUCGGAGUCCUCAGCGCGGCCGAGGCGGAGCCUGCGCGGGAUGGCGGACGCCGACAAGCCCGAGGCGGCGGCGGGCGACGACGGCCCGCAGCAGCACCCGGCCGAGCGGCGAGACGCGGAGCCCGAGAAGCCGCCGCGCGGUAGCGGCGCCAACGGCGUGAAAAUGGAGAAUGAUGAAUCAGCGAAAGAAGAGAAAUCUGACCUAAAAGAAAAGUCUACAGGAAAUAAGAAGGCCAAUCGAUUUCAUCCCUAUUCAAAAGACAAGAAUUCUGGCACUGGGGAAAAGAAAGGUCCAAAUCGGAACAGAGUUUUCAUUAGCAACAUUCCCUAUGACAUGAAAUGGCAAGCUAUUAAGGAUCUGAUGAGAGAAAAAGUUGGUGAGGUUACAUACGUGGAGCUCUUUAAGGAUGCGGAAGGAAAAUCAAGGGGUUGUGGUGUGGUUGAAUUCAAAGAUGAAGAAUUUGUAAAGAAAGCACUAGAAACUAUGAACAAAUAUGAUCUUAGUGGAAGGCCUCUGAACAUUAAAGAGGAUCCUGAUGGAGAAAAUGCUCGUCGGGCACUGCAACGAACGGGAGCAUCGUUUCCAGGACACUCCUCUGAAGUGGGAUCAGGGUUGAUGAAUUUGCCACCUUCCAUUCUCAAUAAUCCAAACAUUCCUCCUGAGGUUAUCAGUAAUUUGCAGGCUGGUAGACUUGGUUCUACAAUUUUUGUUGCUAAUCUUGACUUCAAAGUUGGUUGGAAGAAACUAAAGGAAGUGUUCAGCAUAGCUGGAACUGUAAAGCGGGCAGACAUUAAAGAAGACAAAGAUGGCAAGAGCAGAGGAAUGGGCACUGUCACUUUUGAACAAGCAAUCGAAGCCGUUCAAGCAAUUUCUAUGUUCAAUGGGCAGUUUUUAUUUGAUAGACCUAUGCAUGUGAAAAUGGAUGACAAGUCUGUCCCUCAUGAAGACUACCGUUCACAUGAUAGUAAAACACCACAAUUACCACGUGGUCUUGGAGGCAUUGGAAUGGGACUUGGUCCAGGUGGACAACCUAUUAGUGCCAGCCAGUUGAAUAUAAGUGGUGUAAUGGGAAAUUUAGGUCCAAGUGGUAUGGGAAUGGAUGGUCCGGGUUUUGGAGGAAUGAAUAGAAUUGGAGGAGGAAUUGGGUUUGGUGGUCUGGAAGCAAUGAAUAGCAUGGGAGGAUUUGGUGGAGUCAGCCGAAUGGGAGAGCUAUACCGUGGUGCGAUGACUAGUAGCAUGGAGCGAGAUUUUGGACGUGGUGAUAUUGGAAUAAAUCGAGGCUUUGGAGAUUCCUUUGGUAGACUUGGCAGUGCAAUGAUUGGAGGGUUUGCAGGAAGAAUAGGAGCUUCUAACAUGGGUCCAGUAGGAUCUGGAAUAAGUGGCGGAAUGGGUGGCAUGAGCAGUGUGACUGGAGGAAUGGGGAUGGGACUUGACCGCAUGAGUUCCAGCUUUGACAGAAUGGGACCAAGUAUAGGAGCUAUACUGGAAAGGAGCAUCGAUAUGGACAGAGGAUUUUUAUCGGGUCCAGUGGGAAGCGGAAUGAGAGACAGAAUAGGCUCCAAAGGCAACCAGAUUUUUGUCAGAAAUCUGCCUUUUGAUUUGACUUGGCAGAAACUAAAAGAGAAAUUCAGCCAAUGUGGUCAUGUAAUGUUUGCAGAAAUAAAAAUGGAGAAUGGCAAGUCGAAAGGCUGUGGAACAGUUAGGUUUGAAUCCCCAGAAUCAGCUGAAAAGGCCUGCAGAAUAAUGAACGGCAUCAAAAUCAGUGGCAGAGAAAUCGAUGUUCGUUUGGAUCGUAAUGCAUAAUUUCAAACAUGGUUGGAACAUUCCUUCAUCUGUUUGCUGAAUUUACUAGUAAAAGUCAUUUUUUAAAGUAAUGUUGUAUGCUUACAAAUGCUGUAAAAAUGAACUUAAAACUCCCACCAGCUUUUAACAGUACAAUGUUAAAAAUAUACUGUGAUUUUUGUUAUCUCAAGUUUGAGUUUCUAAAGACAGCAAGUCUGGUUGUUCAGUUUAAAUGGAUGGUUACACCGUUUUUAAUGAAACAAGCCAUCUUCUUGUUUUCAGUCUGACAUAGUAGAAUCUGUUCUAGUUCUCCCAACUUUUAUCAACUUAUUGUAAGUUAAAAGAUAAAUGUUUUCUUUUUCAAAAUUUCUGCUUUAUAUGUAAUUGUUUAUGAAAAGAAAGGGCUCAGACAAAUUAGGAUGUGAGUUUGGUUGGGUUUAAAUUUUCUUGAGUUAUAAAAAGUAAGUGUUACAUUCUAAAGUUGAGGAUAUUUUUUAUUUGACUUAAAUGAAGAAAUGGAUUUUUCCUUCUCCACUCCUCUACCAUUCAUGUUUUCCAGGUAACAUUAUUAAAAAUAUCAAACUCCACAGCCCUUUAUUCUAUUAGUUCCAAUAAUUCCGAGUUCAUAUAGAACGGACACUGUAGCAAGUCCCAAGUAUAGCAAUAGGCAGGCUACUCCCAACUUUCUGUCUAGUUUCCAGCCAUUAAAAUGAACUGCUGAAAACAGAAAAAUAAUUGAAAUGUUUAGGAAGAUGGUUAUGUAAGUGAGUCCCUUGCUAUUCACUUCUACAGGAGCUGAUGCAUUUGUAAAUGCAGUUUUAAUAAACCAUGGCAGACCUAGGCAUAGCAUAUCAAACACAUUGGAUCCCACGAUGUUCGAUAUAGCCAUGUCUCCUUUACCUGCAAGAGAACAGCAUGUUGUUAAAAUGUGCAUACCAGUACUAUAUUUUAUUAAUAAUCUUCAUAAGAAAAACACUGGAUACUUUUUGUUGUUGGUUAGCUUCAGAAAAUUAUUGUUGUUAGAUCAAGAAUCUUACUGAAUUUGUAUUUUUCUUGGGUUAGUAUUUAAAGUCUUAACAUUUAUUUAAUAAUUAUCUUUAUUUAUUAAACCAUUUUUCAAUAAGGUAUGCAGCUUACUUGUUGCUUUUCAUUCUCAUUAACAUAAUUACUAUUUAAUGCACAUUUCAGGUAAAUAUAAUUUGGGGGAUUAGGUUCGUGAAAUUAAUCUGUU